ACGGCGAGUAGGCCUCAGUGGGUCAUGAGUUCUUACUGGAGUUUCGCAGUGGCAAAUUCAAACUAAGACUAGAUCCAGAUUUCAGCUGCCUCAACAUGCAUCGAAAGCUACUCUACACCCUGGUAAUCAUUGUUGCCCUUGCAUUGGUUCAGGCCUCCCAAAUCCAUCAUAAUCUGACAUUUCCUGCUGCCAGCCAAGUUUUCAAAUGUUCUGCCAAAAGCCACCGCCUUGGGUACUCGUACAGCAAUCGGAGUUUGACAAGGGAUCUGCCCACAUUAACCACGGACUCAGAUAUAGACACACACACCUCGAUGUCAUCUUGA